GAGACGUUAAAUAACAAGAUGGAUAGACAGACACGCAAAACAAAUUUAAAGAAACUCCAACAAGAAACGGGUUCAACAAAGCUGCGCUCGACGCGUAGCAAUAAAGCAACUAAAGCGACAAUGACGCUGUCCGAGUAUUUCGCCACUCCACCUGACAAAGUCGAAGAAGCAGCUUGUGAGGAAAGAGAAAAUGCACUGCCAUCGCUGGACACUGAUCCCUUUGCUGAGCCUAUAACCAAAAAAGCACGUGAAGCACCUGCUGUGAAACAGCCUAAGAAAGCACCAAAAUUAAAAGCUAGCGCGCCAGCUCGUCGUGGUCGUGCCGGUUUGCGUGGACACAGUAAAAAACAACCGCCCAUAAGUGAUUUUCUGCGUAACGAGCAGCUGUUUGCCGAGGUCACAGCCCAGCACUGCAUUGCAGACAACUUUAAUCCAGAUGACAUUGAGAUGGCCCUGAUGCUAUCCAAAUCGGAAGCUGAAAGACUUGGUAAGCUAAGGCUGUUUGAAACAGACGACUCUAAAGACGUUGUUGACCUGCUUAAUAAUACUGAGCAGAGCAGUGAGAAUAUACGCCAAAAGCUACAAAAGUAUGGUUUUCGUACAGCGGCCAAGGAAGAAUACAAUGUACUUACGUUAGCUACGUUACCUGCAGCUAAGCGUGGCAAGCGUUGCAAAUGGGCAAACAAAUUUACGCCACUUACACUGCGCAAUCCGGAUAUACAGCAGAAAAAGAUAGACAGCAAGGUGGCUGCAAUAAUGGCUCAGCAAGUGACUACAAUGUUGCCUUCCAAAGGGGACGUUAUACCACAGCAUGAACUCUACAGUUCACGGCUGCAACGGCUUGCGUCGAGCGCUGAUAGUCGCAUAACCCACGAGCCAAGCGAAGGCGCCAUAUCCAAUUUAAGUGCGUAUUAUGUAGAGAAAUUAUUUGAAAUAUGUUAUUCGCCAGCCAAUCAGUUGCUAAAGAACUGGGCUAGCAUUCAAGGACGCGAUUCAUCGCCUGAAAGACACAACAGACAAAGUUUGCGAUACGAAAAACAACUGGCAAAAGUCUACGUAGAACUAGAAGCAUACUUUGGCAAGGUUUCCGAGCGAGCGGAACUAGAUGAGUUGGAAAAUCUUGUAAUUAAUAAUAUGAUAGAAGAGGACAGCAAAUUGUUGUGCAAUGAAGUUGAAGUUGUAUCAAGUGGCAGCAUUUCGUCGCAGCCACCCGAUAAGCGCGCCAGGAUGGUGGACAGUGAGAGUAAUUUCAAAGAGGAUUUCGACCAGCCCAGUACAUCAUCGAAGGUAACUUUGCCAACACAGACAAUGCGUAGCAUUUCACCUGAUCUAUUUGCCGAUUCGGAUGAUAGCUUUGCCGAUUCGGAUGAUGAGCAAGAGAACGAACCACCUACGCUAGUCAGUGAUGCUAUAGAUAUGAAAAACAUAUCGUUGCAAGUUUAUAAGGACAUUACCAAUAAUAGCAUAAACACAUAUGAGGUGUACUCCAGUGAUGAAGUGAAGACUGUUGUAGAGCCUUCAGCGGAGCAAGCUGACAGCUUUAUAGAUCUGACAGAAGAACAAAAAAAGAUUGAAACUAUAUUAGGCCCACCAUCACAUAGUACAAUUUGGCCACAGGACAUUUUUCCACCUAGUCCCAUUCAUGAAAACUACCUCGACUUGGAGUCCACAUCGUCAAGGACUGAAGACUGCGUCAUUUCUGAUGAACUAUAUGCAAAGUAUACGGAAGAUAAAGUAGAUGAUGAUCUUUUUAAUUUAACCUUAAAUAGCCAGACACUUCGCAAGAACUCCUUCAAUUUAAGCAUAACGAGCUCCGAGCAUUCCAUGGGAUUUUCUACACUCCACAUGCUUUCCGUCGCCGCACCGAAUAGCUCUAAAGAUAACUCAUUUAGUUUCACACAACAAGAUAUUACAAAAGCAGAAUUUCAACGCACUCGUAGCUUCACACAAUCUCCGAAACAGAAAUUAAAACUGGAUAAUAGUUUCAAGAGCCCAUUGAGCCGCAAAAGCAGUUCAUUUUUGGAUAAAUCUGGCACAGCAUUUGUUUCACCGUUUAGUCAUUCAGAUGCUAGCAUUGAUUUGACCGAAGAUAGUGACGCUGAUGAUGGGGAAAAUGAUGGAGUGCUGCUCUCCGAUGAUGAAAUCAAUUACUCCAUAUGGAAAGCUAACAAUACAUUUAAGGACAAGAUAAAGCCAUGGGUCGACAGCAGUGACACCGAAAGCGAUCAUAGUUCUCAAAUAACACAUGUUAGAUCUGUGCCUUACUUCAAAACAUCUGAAGACUUGGAGGAGUUUCUGGCUGCCUCACCCACAGCUUCCAAUAAAUCAUGCAAUUCACGCUCGCCCAACAAGAGCGCUCUUAGCAAAGAACGCGCAGAAUUUGGUAUUUUAGAUGCAGCGCUUUCACAACACUUUUCGCCCACCCAGACACAUAGCCCUGACAGAGCGGAAGUAUCGCAAGUUCAGAUUGAUUGGUCUGAUGCAUCAUUCUUGGACACGCCCACAGAAGCACCACUUAAGCGUUAUUCCAGUCACAAAUUCAAUGAACUUUUAAAUGGCAUCUCAACCACAAAAAAUGAUAAGCCUAUCUGCUUUGAUGAUGGGACCGAUGAAUUCGAUCUUUUGGUUUUUAAAAGCACAAAGGAUGUUACAAUUUCUACAGCAACGAAUACUCUGCCAAGUGGUCUGGAGCGUCUCCUUGUUGGUGAGAUCAAUAUGGAUACAUUGCCUGAGUCAUCUGCACCUUCCGUUAGUCCAUUUAAAUCAAUCGCAUCAAGUGAGGAAUUGGAAGUCGACGGCAAAGUGUAUGAAGUGCGCAUCUGUGAGACGCCAAAGCCGAAUUUUAUUAAUCUUAAUGAAUCGGAGCUUAUGAAGCAAUUGUAUAAUUAUGGCAUCAAGCCACUGAAACGCAAACAGGCAGUUAAGAUUUUAGAAUUCAUUUAUAACCAAACGCAUCCAAUAGUACUACCAGCAGACGAGCCCCAGGCUAAGCAGUUGCCAUUAGUACGUUCCAAAUCAACACCCGUAAAUAGAAAACCUCACGCUCAGCUACUUCGCAUGAGCAGCGAUGAUUGCCUAACACCUACCGAUCCUGAGAAACAAACGAGCUUUAAAUUUAGUGAUCCUAGUGGAGAUGAGCUGCUUCGUUUCUCACAGACAGUGCCGCUAGCUCUGUGCGAUGAUUUUGAGUACUAUGUGCUGCAGACAAAUGUAACCAAGAAGACAGCGCAGCCUUUGUUGCCACUGCAUGUAGCUUGGCAUAAUCUACUUAGCGCUAACGCAAGCCUUCAUGAAAGUAUACUUAUGUUCGAGCCAAUAGAUUUGCAAGAGAUUUAUUUGUACUUCAAAAAGAUGGGUCACCGCUACGAUCCCAAAGAUCUCAAGUGUUUCUUUGACAGACGUUGCAUUAUAUUCCGUUAUGAGCUGGCUCCGUCUUCUAAGCAGAUACAACGACAUGUUCGCAAGAAACCUAAAAGGCAAAAGUAAAUUUAUAGCAUGUACAUAAUUAUUCUUCAUCGAUUAUUGAAAUUGUAAUAAUUCAA